AUGAUAUUUUGUCAUCUAAUUAUUAUUGAACGAAUUUGUGCCACAAUUUUUAUAAAAUGUUAUGAAACUAAAAACGGAAGAAUAUUUACAGCCUCAUGGAUUUUUAUUUUUUUAAUUUUGUCAGUAUUAAACUUUAUUCAUAAUGAAGAAGAUGAAGCAAAUGAUAAUUUAUCUUCUCAAAAUGUGACAUUAUCAAGUGCAAUAAUUUCUAUAUUUCUUGCUUUAAUUGGAUUAUUUGAAAUUAUUUUAAUUGGAGUAAUAUGGAAGUACAACAAGAAUAAAUUAAAUGGAUUUUCAAAUUCAAGUCAAUUAUCUAUAAUUGGUGGUAAACCUGUUGUUGUAAUAAAUUUUCAUAGGAGAACAUCUGAAUAUAAGCUGAAAAAGCGUUAUCAGGUAAAUUAUAAAGUUUGUUAGGGAUUUGGGUUCGAUAUCGGUUCGUAUAUUUGAUACUUUCUUCUCGGACAUCAAUAUGUAUAAUGAUAUUUUCCGCGAGGUUAUGAAUUUAUUUGAGAUUAAAAGGUAUAUGUAGUAUCCAGGGAUUAAAAGGUGAAAAGUUCCAUGAAAGAAGUCGGGUUUCGGUGGGUAGAAGUUCAUCAUUCCGAUAGUUGAAGAGGACUUAAUGUGUAGAUAGUUCCACGAGUUUGUUGAAAAUAAAAUUGUGUAAAUUGGAUUUUCGAAGAUAAA